UUGUCUUUAGUCCCACCUGUUAGUUCCAGUCCCCACAUAUCCAAGAAAUCCCCACCAGCAGUCUUCAACCUUGGUAGUUUCUCCCCUUCGGUCUGUCCAAGAAAUCGUUGCUGCCCUGUGGCUGGCCGCACGGCACGUGCUACAGUUAGGAUCAAGUCAUGGCGGACAGUAAGCCGGCUCGGGGUACCACCUCCGGCGCCGUGAACUUAGCUCCGGCGUCCGAGAGCGAUAGCAAGCAGCCUGUCACGUCCAGACUCGGGCACCUGAAGCUCGGGUACCACUACUGCGUGACGCACGGCGGCACGGCUCUGCUGAUCCCGCUGCUCGCGUUCCUGGCAGUGCAGGCGAAGCGGCACGUGACGCCGGACGACAUCAUUCGCAACUCGCAGCAUCUCGUGGAGUCGCAUCUGGUGGAGGUAGUUGUGGCCGCAUUCCUCCUGCUUAUCGCCGGCAUUGUCUACUUCCUCACGCGCCCCACGCCGGUCUACCUCGUCGACUACUCCUGCUACCGGCCGCCCGACGCCUUCACCGUCACCAUCCGCAACGCGCUCUCCAUCGCGCGCGCGUGCGGCUUCCUCGACGAGACCGCGCUCGCGUUCCAAACCAAGGUGUUCGACCGAUCCGGGCUCGGCGACCGAACCUGCCUGCCGGCAUGCCUCCUCACCACCCCGCCGACCCCGAGCAUGGCGGAGGCUCGGAAGGAAUUCGAGAUCGUGGUCUUCAACGUGCUGGAAGACCUGUUCGCGAAGACCAAGGUGAAACCGCGGGACGUGAGCGUGCUGGUGGUGAAUUGCAGCCUCUUCUGCCCGACGCCGUCGCUCUCGUCCAUGAUCGUCAACAAGUUCCGCCUGCGCACUGACAUCCAGUCGUUCAAUCUCGGCGGCAUGGGGUGCAGCGCGGGGAUGAUCUCCAUCAAGCUCGCGCGCGACAUGCUCCAGGUGAACAGGGGCACGUACGCCAUCGUCGUCUCCAACGAGAACAUCACGCAGAAUCUGUACCUCGGGCAGCGAAAAUCCAUGAUGGUGCCGAACUGCCUCUUCCGCAUGGGCGGCGCCGCCAUACUGCUGACGAACAAGAGCUCGGAGCGCUGGCGCGCCAAGUACCAGCUGCAGCACGUGGUGCGCACGCACCUGGGCGCGGACGACGCGGCGUACCGGUGCGUGUACCAGGAGGAGGACGACGGGGGGAUCGUGGGCGUGUCGCUGUCGCGCGAUCUCAUGAACACGGCGAGCACGGCGCUCAAGACCAACAUCACCACGCUCGGGCCGCGCGUGCUGCCGCUGUCGGAGCAGCUGCUGUUCGUCGCGAAUCUCGUGGCGCGCAAGGUGCUUCGGAUGAAGAUCAAGCCGUAUCUGCCGGAUCUCAAGCUCGCGUUCGAGCACUUCUGCAUCCACGCGGGCGGCCGCGCGGUGCUCGACGAGCUCGAGAAGGGCCUCGGGCUCACGCCGUACCUGGUCGAGGCGUCGCGCAUGGCGCUCUACCGCUUCGGAAAUACCUCGUCCUCGACUCUCUGGUACGAGCUGUCGUAUCUCGAGGCGGCGGGCCGCAUCCGGCGCGGCGACCGCGUGUGGCAGGUGGGGUUCGGGUCCGGGUUCAAGUGCCAGAGCGCGGUGUGGAAGGCGCUGCGGACGGUGGAUCCGGCGAAGAACCAGGGGCCGUGGUGGGAGGAGGAGACGACGAUCGCGGCGGCGAAGGCGCGCACGGCGUCGUCGUACGUGCCGCCGGAGGAGAUGAAGGUGGAGAAGGUGGAGAUGAGCCGCAUUCACCCCAGCCAGAUCGCCGCCGUGAACGCCCUAAAGGAAAAGCAGAAAGAGGCUGCCGCCGCUGCUGCUGCUGCUGCUGCCGCUGCUGAGGCUGCUGCUGCUGCUGCCGCUGCUGAGGCUGCUGCUGCUGCUGCUGCUGCCACUGCUGAGGCUGCAGCUGCUGAAACGGCUGCGCCUGCUGCUGAUGCUUCGGCUGCUGCUGCUCCGGCUCCAGUUACGGCCUGAGUCGUUGCGGUGAGCAGGUCUGUCGAUGGGACAGGUAUGUAGGUCCCGGAAUUUCCGAUGGCUGAUGAGAGGGACAGGCGCCAUGCUUAAAAGUCGGACGCAGCUGAGGGGAGUCUCAAAGGGGGGCGCUGCUGGGUAAUGGCCUGUCGUUGCCCUUCAUCGUCACCCACCAUCCCUCUGAGAUACUCAUUUUGUUAUUCAUUCCCCCUUGCCAGACUCUUAGCUCUCUGAUCUGUUGUUAGUGCCCCCCGUGCCUGAUGGUUGCUCUAACCUAGGCUGUCUGCGCUGCUAGAGACUACAUACUGUUCCAGUUAGGUUUUUCAGAACUUCUAAUUUGUCUUUGUUGCCACUGGUACCCAGAUUGAAGUCAAGAAUGA